GUUACACAAACGACAUGGGGAUUCCAGGCGGAUUCGGCGCUACCCUCAUCGGAGGUUUGGUCUCCGCCAUGUUAUAUGGUAUAACGACUCUUCAGUCUUAUGUGUAUUAUAUGCACGAUAGUGCGGAUUCCUCGACCAUAAAGUUCAUCGUUGCUGCCAUAUGGAUACUUGAUACACUGCACGUCGCGUUCAUGUGUCAUCUCCUGUAUUACUACCUGAUAACCCACUAUGGCAAUCUGUUGAGUUUGGAUUUUGUUGUCUGGUCAUUCCCAGCGUCGCUUCUCGUGAAUUUUUUUGUGAUUACUAUAGUUCUGUUAUUCUUUGCACAUAAAAUACAUUACCUCUUUCGCCGUCAAGUGAGGUGGCUGGUGACCGCGCUGAUCAUACUACUGGUAAUUGCUCACCUCGGGUUUGGCAUAGCGAGAGUUGUUUUAACGCUCAUCAACAACGAGGCCAGCUUCGUCUCGCAGACCAAGUUUUAUACAACGCCUGCUCUGUCCUCCAUCGUACUAGCUGAGAUUUUGAUUACGGUGUCACUCUGCGUACUUUUGUAUGAAAGUGGCUCUCGCACCGCAAUCCCAAGAACAAAACGCCUGUUGAACACGCUUAUCAUAUAUGCUGUCAACCGGUGUUUGCUGACCUUACUAGUCGCCAUUGCAGAACUCACCGUGGACGCUAAUGAACAAACUGCAUGGACAAUGGGAUUAGACUUCAUCAUUGGAAAACUAUAUGCCAACUCGCUUCUAGCUUCACUGAACACCCGGCAACACCUUCGAUUCCAGGGUUCAGCCACCGAGUCAGAUGUACAAGUCAAUGCUGUCCAUUUCGCAAACUUUCCGAACCUUCCGGAGGACGGAUGCAGUUCAAAGGAUGGAAGAAGGCAUUUCGACGUGCGCGAUGCGGUUGUUAUCGAUAUCGGCACCUUUCAGGUCCGUGAUAAGACCACAGCCUUGUGAAGAAAUGGAGGGGUGUGGUUCGAGCAGUUCCAUCUUAUGGAUAUUUGCCAUCAUGUGUGAGGUGUCGUCACUGGAUAUAUCACUUAGGUGCACGAUGUUCCUCUUGCUUCGUGAAGCUACAAAAGGGUUGUGACACACGAUAAGGAUAAGUCCAAUUGUCACGGAAAUCAGCGAUCCUGUUUUUCUUGGUGAAAGUGCCUCAGUGACAGCUGUUGGCCUUGCGAGUAUGUGGUUCCCUGAUUUCCCGCUCAUGGGAACAGGGAGGACCUUAGUGUCUCUGUCAAUUGUUUUCCUUCGUUACGGGGCAGAAAAUGUCUUCUUCACAGUCAAGGAUCCGGCUUUCCAUACCUACCCACCUCAUUGUAGUUGCGGCCGUGUAGCAGGGUAACUUUUGGGCUGUCAUUUGGUUUUUGUUCACACAACUUAAUGACUUCAUGUACCUGCUCCUCGCAGUACUCAGACUAUCUGCACAUCGG